UCAACAUGCAGGAGAGGAAAAAAGAAGCACAUCACUGUGCCAUGAACCAACAACAGUAAUAGCUUUAACUGACUUGAUCGAUGCUUCAGAUACUACAGCAGCUAAUAAGGCAGUUAGCUUAAAGCCUAAGUUUAGCCUUUAACCUGUGACUCUGUGUGACCCUGGUGCCCGGGGAACCAGCAGCAGCCCAGGACAUCCUAGCAGCUCAUCACCCAUUUAACUGAGCAGAUCUGAUGGUUCUGUUCUCUUAGACCAGCAUAUACAUCUUGUCUCCUAUAAGGUUCUUAAGAUGUCCUUAUACAAUGUUUCAACCUGCAAUGUUUAUACCAGCAUGGAGCCAUUUACUUAUUUUUAUUACUUGAUCUUCCUUAUUGGGUUCAUCGGGAGCUGCUUUGCCCUAUGGACCUUCACCCAUACACAGCAGAAUCGCAAGUGUAUAAGUAUCUAUUUAAUUAACCUCCUCACAGCAGAUUUCUUACUGACCCUUGCCUUACCAGUGAAAAUCAUUGUCGAUUUAGGAAUUGCUCCCUGGAGACUGAAAAUAUUCCACUGUCAAGUCACAGCUUGCCUCAUCUAUAUCAAUAUGUACGUGUCAAUCAUAUUCUUGGCAUUUGUAAGCAUGGACCGUUGCCUUCAGCUAAUACAUAGAUGCAAGAUCUAUCGUAUUCAAGAGCCUGGGUUUGCCAAGAUGAUAUCAACAGUAGUGUGGAUAAUGGUUCUCUUUAUCAUGAUGCCAAACAUGGUGAUUCCAAUCAAAGAAAUUGAAGAAGUACCAACUGUGGGUUGCAUUGAGUUCAAAACCAAAAUGGGAAGAGACUGGCAUGUAUUUACAAAUUUUGUAUGUUCUGCGAUAUUUCUAAAUUUCUCAGUGAUAGUGCUCAUUUCCAACUUCCUUGUCAUCAGACUGCUCUAUCAAAACAAAUGCAAUGAAAACUACAGAAAUGUAAGAAAAGCUUUGGUGAAUAUAUUGUUAGUCACUGCAAGCUACAUCAUAUGCUUUGUCCCUUACCACAUUGUUCGGAUCCCGUAUACUCUGACUCAAAGCAAAGCUAUAACCACUGACUGCUAUUUCAAACAAUCCCUCUUCAAAGCAAAGGAAUCAACUCUGCUGUUUGGAGUGUCGAACCUGUGCUUUGAUCCUAUUUUGUAUUUUUAUCUUUCUAAGACAUUUAGAUUGCAAGUGAGUAAGACUUUUGGAUCACAAAGAGAGAAAAAUACUAUCUCAGAAGAACAGCAAGGAACUCAUGAAGAACUGACACAACAGUGGGAUGUUUCAGUUGAAAGACUGUAGGCCUUUUCACAUCAUCGGUUUAUUUCACUUUAAAAGUGCAUUUCUCUCUCAUUUUUUGUGUGCAGUUCUCUCAUCUUUGCUCCAAGUAGAGAUUGGAGGACAUUUUCACCAAGCACUCUGAGGAACUAGCAGACACACACCGCCCACACACAUACACACUAGGUAACAUAUUCACUGUCAGUUGUAUUUGUUGUACAGAACUUAGUUGCAUAUGUGUUACAAAUGCUUAUCAGAUUUUACUUCCCAUGUGUUUAAUGGCAAGUGACAACUACACCACAGCACCCUCCUUGCUCCAUCACAUUCAGUUUGGAGUUCAAACAUACCAUACCAGUAUUUGAAACUUUGCAGAGUUUUGUCAUUUGAAGUUGCAUAAUAUGAAAGUCAUCUAAGGGCAAGCCCAAACAGUGAGAUUAUUUCUGAAAAUAAAUAUGUUCAAAUGCGCCAUGUCUUUUUGUCGUCCCCUGCAGUACAACUAUUAGUUUUGAAGCAUUAUUUGCAGAGAUAUCUCAGAAUGGCUGCAGUGCUUUAGGUAAAGAUUUAAACAACUGUACAGAAAGACUUUCGGUCAUUUAACUUCUCGUUAAGGAAGGACUAAGUCAGAGCAUACCUACAGAUUAAGGCCAAACCGAGCAUAAUAUGUACAUACAUAAUACAGAACUCCCAUCAGAUAACAACUUGAAGAACA